UUCUGGCCCGCAGUUGCGUGGAAAUGAGCACUGAUGGGCGGAGUGGGCUUCGGCCCGGCAAGGGGAACGCCGAGGGGGUGACAGCUGGAAAGGGGAAGACGGAUGGGGUGGCAGUGACUCCUACUACUGCUGCUGCCUCGGCCUCCUGCCAGUACAGGUGCAUCGAAUGCAACCAAGAGGCCAAGGAGUUGUACCGAGACUACAGCCACGGCGUGCUGAAGAUAACCAUCUGUAAAUCCUGCCAGAAACCUGUAGACAAAUAUAUCGAGUAUGAUCCUGUUAUCAUCUUGAUUAAUGCUAUUUUAUGCAGAGCCCAGGCCUACAGGCAUAUUCUUUUCAAUACCAAAAUAAAUAUGCACGGAAAGCUCUGCGUGUUUUGUUUGCUUUGUGAAGCGUACCUGAGAUGGUGGCAGCUUCAAGAUUCGAGCCGGAGCAUUGAUCCUGACGACUUCAUCAGAUAUGCUAAAGAGUGGGAUUUCUAUAGAAUGUUUGCAGUUGCUUCUCUAGAACAAACUGCCUACUUUACUGGCAUCUUUACUUUCCUGUGGGUAGAACGACCCCUAACAGCGAAAAAAACCCCCAACUUCGCUUUGCUGCUGAAAGCGUUGUUAUUAUCCAGCUACGGAAAACUCUUGCUCAUCCCAGCUGUCAUCUGGGAACAUGACUACACACCCCUGUGCCUCAGACUCAUUAAAGUAUUUGUCCUUACGUCAAAUUUUCAGGCAGUUAGAGUGACCCUAAACGUCAACCGCAAGCUCUCCUUUGUGGCCAUCUUGAGUGGCUUACUGGUGGAGAGCGCCAUGGUCUACUUCUUCCAGAGGAUGGCAUGGGCUGUUGGAAGUGAUGCCAUCCAUAAAUCUCAAGACUUUUGAAGAGGUACAGAGAGCAUCUCUCCGUGUUCAUGCACGCACACACGUGUCCUCCUCAAACUAGACAGAUGUCGUCGCAGAAUACAUCACCCACCCCCCGGCACCCGGGUGCCUCGAGGUCACCUGCAUCUCCCUCGGGGUCUUUUGUCAUCCACAGUGACAUCAAUAGCUAUGUUUUUGUUGCUUCUGGGGCCCUGUUCUCACAGUUCUGUAACACCUUCCCUCCAACGCACUCCUCCUAAGACCUCGGACUCUGAACGACAGCCGUCUCCCGCCCUUUCCAACCAUUCCACUCCCUCCCUCCCAUGAACCCUGCCUUUGCUGCCUUUUGUACCUCUCUUCCCUAAACCUCUCACUUUCCUCUACUUCUCACCUCCCUUGCCUCUCUCUUGACUGUGCCUGGAACCUAGAGGCAGCUGUUGCCUUAUCCUGUUAGUCCCUGGAAACGAGCCAGCUUCCUACCCUUCUGUCAGCGCCCCCGUUAGAGCUCUUGGGGUGAGUCCACCAGCCGUUUCCUCUGUGAAGCCUGGCAGGCGGUCCCUGCGUCUGCACAGAGCACGGCCAAGGGCACCUCUAGG